AUGAUGGUGGGAGAAAGUUUGGUGUUUAACGGGCGAAAUACUUGUGUAUUUCCUUUACCUCUUGCUGAAAUGGGUGAGAAGCGCGUUUCUGACAAAAAGUAUUUUUGCUCCUUUGAAGGGUGUAAUGCAACGUUUAAUAAAAAUUGGAAGUUGGAAGCACACAUCUGCAACCACACCGGCCUGAGGCCCUUUGUAUGCCAGUAUGAGGGCUGCACCAAGAGCUUCACCAGGAACUUUCAUCUCAUAAGACAUCAGCUAACGCACACCGGCGAGAAACCUUUCCGAUGUACGUCGGAGGGGUGUACUCAAGCCUUUAGUACCAAUUCUAAUCUCAAGAAACACAUUGCACGUAAACAUGAGAACCAAGGACAACAGUAUACCUGUGCACAUGAAGGAUGUGGAAAAGUCUUUAAGAAGAACAGUCAACUUAAAGCCCAUGAAUUUGAGCAUACCAAUAUUUUGCCGUACAAGUGCAACUCUGACGGCUGUUUGAAAAAUUUUGCUUCACUCAGCAAAUUGAAAAGGCAUGAAAAAGUACACAAAGGUUAUGCCUGUGAGAAAGACGAUUGCGAGUUUGUUGGUAAAACCUGGACAGAAUACCUCAAACACAGAAAUGGCAGCCAUCAAGAAUUAAUUCAAUGCAAGCAAUGUCCAAAGACAUUUAAGAAGCUGUGGUUCCUUGAGCUGCACCAGAAAAUUCACUUGGAAGAGAGACUUGUAUUCAGGUGUCCAAAAGCUGACUGCGACCGUACAUACACCACUCACUUUAAUCUGCAAAGUCACAUUCUCACUUUCCAUGAAGAGCAGCGACCCUUCAAAUGUGAACAUCCUGGAUGUGAAAAAACUUUUGCAAUGAAGCAAAGUUUGGAAAGGCACCAUGUUAAACAUGAUCCUGAGAAGCAAAAACUUAAGAAACGCACUCGUCCCAAACGAAGUCUGGUCUCUCACCUAAGUGGAUUCAGGCCACCCAAAAAUAAAGAUGUAAGCCCUUGUGAACCACUGCCUGGUGAUCUACAGGAAAUGGUAGAAAAAAACGGCAUUGAAAAUCAAGUGCAGCCCAUAAUAUAGCUUGCAAAAGGCAAUAUGUUAUGCUCAGGUGCAACAGGAUAAUGUUUCAUUUAUGUAUAUAAUAUAAAGCACUUUAUUAAUAAA